UCAUCUGGAAAAUAUGUCAACAAUGUCAAAGAUUACUUUGAUUUUGAUGUGAUGAUUACCUUUUUGUGUUGAUUUUUCAAGAUUAUUGUGAAAGUCCUGGAUCUCUGUGAUUUUAUGGAGUCGUUUACGUAAUUUCAUGAAUGAUUUUUGAAUUAAUUAUACAUGAAUGAAAUUUAUUCAUGCACUACGACCAGUAGAGCCACUGUUGUAGCCUCUAUUUGUAUAAACCAUUCUCUACGCUCAGUGGCCGCAAACAAAGAUAAAUUCUCCGUGUAAAUUGUUCCUGUUUUGUUAAAUAAUAAUGGAUAAAUCAAGAUUUUCACUGUUGCUUUUAGAGCCAGGUGAAGUGUAUUUCGAAGAUUUCUCCUGCACUUUAAGUGACAAUGACAGCCUAAAGGAAGGGAAAGCCAGACAAGGUCGUUUGAAAUUGUGCUCAAAGUCACUGGUGUUUGAGCCGAGAGAUUGGACAUUUCCGCUUGUUAAAUUGUAUUUCAAAGAUUGUACCAGUAUAACUAUUGUGAAGUCAAAGUUAGACCAAAUAAGUAAUAUAAUUAAGGUAAAAAUGAAGCAAUAUGCAGAGAUGCUUGAGGAAAAUAUAUUGGCUCCGUACAAAUUUAAAUAUGAGGACAAAGACUUUCUUAUAUUAUUUGAUUUUGCGUCUGCUGAGGAGUGCCUUAGUCAAAUGGAGCAGUUGCAGAGGGCUUCAACGUUGCAUGCCCCUGAGCACAACAGCAUGGUGGCGACCAUUUUGCAUUCCCGUUACAUGAGGAUGGUAUUUGAUCCUGUAAUGAUGGAUGAUUUUACAGAGGAAAUAAUGUGUGAAUUACAAGCUGAAAAGAUAUCACCACUAGUGAGACAUCAAGGAAAAUUGGCAUUGACACCAACCACUAUCUACUUCCAACCGUUCAGCAAUGUUGAAAGUAGCCCCAUUUUAAAGCUCAAACUAUGUGAUCUGAGAAGAAUGUACAGGAGAAGAUUUUUGCUAAGGCAAGUUGGUUUAGAACUAUACAGUGUGGAAGAAAGUUCAAUACCUCACAUCUAUUUGACAUUCCAAUGCGAAGAUGACAGAGAUAGAAUUUAUAAUAUAUUGGAAGAGUCUCCAAAUGUUCAUCUUGAAAAAGUUCAUGCAGAAGAGAUGACUCUUCAAUGGCAGAAUGGGGUGGUUUCCAACUAUGAUUACUUGAUGUAUUUGAACUGCCUUGCAGAUAGGAGUAAAAAUGAUCUAACUCAGUACCCUGUCUUUCCCUGGGUUGUUGCAGACUAUGUCUCAGAAAAAUUGGAUCUCACUAAACUAGAUACUUUUAGGGACUUGUCUAAACCCAUGGGAGCUUUAAAUCCUGAUCGCCUGGAAAGGUUGAAAGAGAGAUAUUAUGAGAUGAGUGAGCCUAAAUUUUUAUAUGGAUCUCAUUAUUCUGCUCCUGGUCUUGUGUUGUUCUAUUUGGUAAGAAAAUAUCCCCAGUACAUGUUGUGUCUACAGAAUGGAAGAUUUGACCAUCCUGAUAGGAUGUUUAAUUCAGUCAGAGAUGUUUACAAUAACUGUUUGAGAAACAUGUCUGAUUUCAAGGAAUUGGUACCUGAGUUUUAUGACGUAGAUUCUAAAGGCGAUUUCUUAGUUAACCAAUAUGAAAUAGAUUUUGGCGAGCGCCACGAUGGCACUAAAGUGAACAAUGUGGCGCUGCCCCCUUGGGCCGAUUCGCCAGAAGACUUUGUCUCGAAACUCAGGCAGGCACUGGAGUCAGAAUAUGUCUCUCGCCAUUUACAUUUGUGGAUUGAUCUCAUUUUCGGAUACAAACAGAGAGGGGAAGAAGCAGUCAAAGCGAAUAAUGUAUUUCAUCAUGUAUGUUACGAAGGCGCGGUAGAUCUUGAGCGAGUGUUUGAUAUGAACGACAGACACGCUUUGGAGGUGCAAAUAAUGGAGUUUGGGCAAGUGCCAAAGCAACUGUUUACCAGACCCCAUGUGAGGAAGGUUGGCCAUCAGAUUGCCAAACCUCUUUGCUGUCCAGACCCGGUGGCUGUGUCCUACAGCGUGGAAUGUAUGGACACGAUAAGACUGCACAAAGAGGCUGUGACGUGUGUGCUGAGACAGGGUAAAAGAAUUAUUUCAGUGGGCAAGGACGGCACUCUGAAAGUGUACGAUUUAGAACAGAAGAAACAAAUUAGAAGUAUUAUACUAUGCGAAACGCCGUUGAGCUCUUGUGUGAUGAUUGAUGAACAAACCGUCGCCGCAGGCUCGUGGGACAAUGAGAUAUAUUUGUAUGAUGUGGAAUACGGAAAAAAGGUGGAAAGCUUUAGAGCUCAUGAUGACUCAGUCAGUUGUUUGUUGUGGCUACAAAAAGAACGUCUUCUGAUAUCCGGCGGCAGCGACGGCGUGGUGCGAGCGUGGGGCAACGUGGGCCGCGCGGGGCAGGCGCUGCGCGGGCUCAAGGCGGAGUUCGACCAUGACGGGAAUAUCACCGCUAUUGCCCACAGACGUCGCCGCCACGAGAUCGACAUAAUAUCGUGCACAAGCGACGGCGAAGUGUUCAUCUGGAGUCUAACCUCCCGAGAGCUGGUCAGCAAGAUCUGUGUUCAUAAUGCAUCAGUGAUCGGCGCUAGCGUCGUGCUGACCGGCGAUAGGGUUGUAACGGCCAGCGAAGACGGAGACAUGCGCGUUACUGACCUUAGUGUCACGCAUUCAGUAAGUGUGAACACUUAAUUAUACUUAUGUAUAUCUGAAGUCUAA